GUUGCCAAUACACGCUCACUUCCUCAUGACGUCAUUAUAGCCUCAUCCAUGCAGAAGUGACACUGAUAGUGAAACAUUUCUGCUGUGAGAAAUAAGCAGCGAUCAUAUUUCACUAUUUCUGCUCUGUUUAACACUUCUGUCACUACAGAACCAGGACGAAUAUGGCAGUGGACUGGCUGGGUUUUGGUUAUGCUGCUGCUAUUAUUUUUGGAGGUUUUUUGGGAUAUAAGAAAAAAGGAAGCUUAAUGUCUCUUAUAGCUGGACUGUUUUUUGGAGGCAUAUCUGCUUAUGGAGCUUUUAAAGUUUCUGUAGAUCCUGGAGAUAUAUGGACCUCGCUUGCUGCUUCUGCGGCUCUGGCUGUUGUGAUGGGAAUGAGAUUCAAGAAAUCUGGGAAAAUAAUGCCAGCAGGUAUUAUGACUGGCUUAAGCCUCCUGAUGGUUGUGCGUCUGCUGAUCUUCUGAAAAUGGCUGAGCUGAGCGGAGCUUAUCAUCACGAGACUGAAAUGUUCUGUAAAAGUUCAUUAUAAAACAUUGCGCUGAAUAUCGUUUACUAAUCACUACUAAUAUGUGUACCAAUCAUGCAACAGUGCCAUUACCUGAAAAGAGAACACUCACCUUGUACAUUCCAAGUAAAGCUUAUUUUUUCAUCUUU